UGUGGCUUUGCCUUGCAGCUGGAAGAUGCUGACCCAGCUCCUCCCAGCCUGAAGGAAGACCAAGACCUGGACUCCCAGGUCUCCUCCACAGGGCUGGGGACCAUCCUGAGACCCGACGAGCCCAAGUCCCACUCUUACUUCCAGAGCGUCUCCGUCACCAAAGUGACUCUCCCUGAUGGGCGCCGGACCAUGCAGGACAGCCAGGGCCGCCGGGAGACGACAGUGACCCGCCGGAGGGGGGACCAGGCCUUCAUCACCACCACCAAGGAGGAUGGGCAGAGCAAGGACUACCGGGAGGAGGUGGUCAACAUGGAUGACCGAGAGCUGGCGCAGUUCGCAGGCACGUGGCCACGGCAAGAUGAGCUCCGCGCUCCAAACCUGAGUGACCCUUCGUCUGCACUGGGCAGCUUCUUCCGACGCUGGUUCUCAAGCUGGUAG